AUGGCUCAAUGCAAAGCUUUAACAAAUCCGGAUACUAUGUGGCCAUUUUGCCCAUCAAUAGCCCCUGCCUACAUUUUUGCCGUCCUCUUCGGCCUGACAACUCUCUUCCAUAUCGCACAGGCAAUCCUGCAUCGCAAAUUUUACUGCUGGGUCAUCGCCAUGUCCGGGGCGAUGCAAACAGUGACCUAUAUCUUCCGCAUAUUGAGUAUCCUCAGUCCGGCCAGCUAUAGCUAUUAUGCUACAUGGUUCAUCUUGAUUCUGGUCGCGCCACUAUGGACCAACGCCUUUGUCUAUAUGGUUAUGGGUCGAAUGGUCUGGAACUUCAGUGAUGAUGCGCGUGUCCUGCACGUACGACCUUGGCGGUUUGGUCUUUUUUUCGUUAUUCUUGAUAUCAUCGCGUUUAUUGUUCAAGUCUAUGGAGCCGCGAUGGCAGCAGGCGAUGAUGUCUCAUACAACACGGAAAUGAUAGGACUUCAUAUUUAUAUGGGUGGUGUCGGCGCGCAACAGCUCUUUGUUAUCAUGUUCAUUGUUUGCGCAAUCUUUUUCCACCUCAAGAUUAUCCGGCAGCAACGGUCAGAUCUGAAGAAGGCUCUACUUCUCCUAUAUGUGAUUUAUGCGUGUCUCGCCUUGAUCACGCUGCGCAUCUGUUUCCGCUUAGCCGAAUACUCGCAGGGUCUCGAAAGCAAAAUCCCCCUCCACGAAGCGUACCAGUAUUGUCUCGACAGCUUGCCUAUGCUGAUUGGACUCGUGCUUCUUAACGCUGUGCACCCAGGCCGCAUCAUGCCGGGCAAGGAUAGUGACAUGCCGAGCCGCAAGCAACGCAAAACUAUGACAACCUAUACUAAGACUCGGGCAUUGGAUGAUGAAAUGACUCUACAAGAAUAUAAUUCGAGCGUUUAA